GAUCCAAAACGGCUUACCCGGCGCUUUCUUAAGGGGGUCCCAGAUGGUUCUCAGAGGGCUCCGGGGGAUCGCAGCGGGGAUCCAGAGGGAUCCAGAGGAAUUCUGUGGAAUUCCCCGACCCCCCUUCCCCCACGCGCUCCGUCGGUCUCUUUCGUUUCCGCGUCCCAACCUGAGAGGCCGGGAUCUACCCGGCGACCGGUGACGUCUCUCAGAUGUCGGGCUGCCAUUGGCGGACAGGAAAUAUCGGCGCCAAUGGCGAAGCCGGAGGCUGCUCUGAGGGCGGGGUCAGUGCUGGGGGCGGGGCCAGUUCUGGGUACGGGCCCGCAGCGGAGCAGCGCGAUGCCUCCAGAGCUGGGUCUGCUCUUGGGGCUCCUGGAGCUCCUCUGGGAUCCGGGGGGCGCGCCGAAAGUUCUCCACUCCCUGCGUUACCUGUCUGUGGCGGUGUCAGAACCCAGCCCGGGGGUCCCUGAGUUCAUGAUGAUUGGGUUCCUGGAUGGGAUCCCCUUCGUGCGCUAUGACAGCGAGCGGGGCCGGGCAGUGCCGCUGACAAAGUGGAUAAAGGAUGGAGCCGAGCCGGAAUAUUGGGAUAGGAUGACUGAGACCUGCAAGUGGAAUGAGCACAUGGAUGCCUGGAACCUGGAGACACUGCGGGACCGGUACAACCAGAGCAGAGGUCUCCACACAUUGUUCACAGUUCACGGCUGUGACCUCCUGUCUGACGGGAGCAUCCGUGGAUCCUACCGGGAUGGCUACGAUGGGCGGGAUUUCCUCUCCUUUGACCUGGGAUCCAGGAGAUUCGUGGCGGCCGACAGCGCUGCUGAGAUCACCAGGAGGCGCUGGGAACAUGAGAACGAGGCUAAGGGUUUCACAAAUUACCUGGGGCACGAAUGCCCGGAAUGGCUCCAGAAAUACAUCGGAUAUGGGCAGAAGGAGCUGGACCGCAAAGGUGGGAGCAGAAUUCCUGUGGGAAUGUGGGAUUUGGGAAUGGAGGAUUUGGGACCAUAGGAAUUCCAGGGGCAGGUCUCACCCCCAUCCCAUUCCAGUGGGAAUUCCAGGGGCAGGUCUCACCCCCAUCCCAUUCCAGUGGGAAUUCCACGGA